AUGAACUCUGCAGAGGGAUUUGGAAAGAGUCUGAGCUUCGGUCCCAAUGCCGCUCAGGCGAAUUCUGCAUCAAAUCGUAUUCUGAAUGCAAAGAAUUCCAGAUUGGUGAAGUCUCCCGAAAAGAAUGAUAUAAUUGUGGAAGAGGGAGGUAUUACAAUUGAGCUUCGCGACAUUCGCCUGAGAUACCCGGCUCAAGAAGCCCCAGUUUUUGAUGGGCUAAACAUGGCUAUCGAGAAAGGGCAAUUUGCUGCCAUUGUUGGUGCAUCGGGCUGUGGAAAGACAAGCAUCAUAUCGUUGCUUGAGAGAUUCAAUGAACCCGAGAAAGGUCAAAUCCUCUUCAACGGGAAAGAUAUCUCGGAAGUCGACAUUUAUACUUAUCGCAAGCACUUAGCUCUUGUAGCUCAAGAACCUACACUCUUUCAAGGAACUAUCCGGGACAACAUUCUUCUGGGUAUUGACUCCAGCACCAUCGCAGACGAUCAACUACACACCGCUUGUCGUGACGCAUCAAUGAACGACUUCAUAGUAUCUCUUCCUGAGAGCUACAAUACUAAUAUAGGGUCUCGUGGCGUUGCUCUAUCUGGAGGGAAAAAGCAGCGAAUUUCUAUUGCUCGUGCCCUGAUUCGAAAUCCCCGGGUCCUCCUCCUCGAUGAGGCAACUAGCUCCCUCGACUCAGAGAGCGAGAGACUCGUUCAAAUGGCCUUUGAGCGUGCAGGCAAGGGAAGAACUAUGAUUGCAGUUGCGUAUCGGUUGGCCACAGUGCAAAAUGCGGAUAUAUUCUUCGUGCUGGGUGAAGGUGGUAAGCUGAUGGAAAAGGGAGAUCAUAUGGAGCUUCUCAAGAAAAGAGGCAUCGAUUAUCAAAUGUGUCAGAAUCAGGCUCUUGAUAACUAG